ACUGACUGUGACAAAAACUUUUCGAACAAAAAACUUAACGAAAAGUGUUGUCUGAUAUAGGGUUAAAAAUGAAAAUAUUCCAGUUUUUACUGUUUUUUCUAGAGAAUUUGUUUAUAAAAAUUUCGUAAAUGUUACAGUGAAGCAAAUUCUGCAAGAGAAAUGAAAAGAAAACAGAAGUUUUCUUAUUUUUCCGGUUUAAUUGUUCUUAUCAGAAUUUCAAUCUGGCAACCCUUCGUAGUGUAGCGUAAAAUCUCGUGUUUUUGUGAGAAUAUCGCGUGCUGUUGAAUUUUCUCUAUUUUUUCCACUAUCUAUAUUGUGAUAAAAAGUGCCUUAAUCCAAGUGGUUACAUCACCACCGACCUUCUGCGAUUUUUUCUCUUUUCCGUGGUAAUUUACUUUUUGGAGGAUAUUUCAUCAUGAUCCAACACUCCAGGAUACUGGGCAGGUGCCUGAAACUCCGCUGGACGGGUCUUCAGACACGAUGUGUACAUAUUGGUGAAGCAAAUGUGAUUGGAACUCCUGUAAACUCUUCAUCUCCUGAAUAUCAGGAAAACUAUUCCAGCAUGACAAAAUUAGUGGAUGAACUUAAGAAGACUACUGCUAGUGCUUUGAAAGGUGGCGGAGACGUUGCCAUUGAGAGGCAUACGUCCAAAGGCAAACUUUUAGCACGUCAGAGAAUUGAUUUGCUGCUGGACAAGGGUUCUCCCUUCCUGGAGCUAAGUACUCUGGCUGGGCAUGAGCUGUACGAGAAGGAAGUUGUCAAUUGUGGGGGUAUAAUUACGGGAAUUGGGAGAAUUCAGGGCAGGGAGUGUAUGAUUGUGGCAAAUGAUGCAACAGUAAAAGGAGGCACUUAUUACCCGGUCACAGUUAAGAAGCACUUGAGAGCCCAAGAGAUUGCUCAAGAGAACAGAUUACCGUGCGUGUAUUUGGUGGAUUCUGGUGGAGCUAAUCUUCCACGCCAAGCAGAUGUUUUCCCCGACAAAAUGCAUUUCGGUCGCAUUUUCUACAAUCAGGCCAACAUGUCCGCUUUGGGAAUAGCCCAAGUAGCUGUUGUGAUGGGAAGCUGCACAGCUGGAGGAGCUUAUGUGCCAGCUAUGGCCGAUGAGAGUAUUAUUGUUCGUCGGCAAGGGACUAUCUUUCUGGCGGGUCCUCCUCUUGUCAAGGCAGCCACUGGGGAAGUGGUGUCCGCAGAAGACUUGGGUGGAGCUGAUCUCCAUUGCAAAACAUCAGGAGUUACCGAUCACUAUGCCACAGAUGACCAUCAUGCACUUUACUUGGCCAGACAGGUGAUUGGAAAUCUCAAUCAUCCUUCCUCGAAUGCCUUCAGCGACAAUCUGAGACUUUCUUCUACCAUUUCUGUUGCUGGGGGCCCUUCAAGGGACUCCAGUUCAUCCAUUGAACCUCCAAGGUUUGAUUCCAAGGAGAUCUAUGGAAUUGUGGGUUCCAAUCUUACCAAAACAUUCGAUAUCCGUGAAGUGAUUGCUCGAGUCUUUGACGGGAGUCGGUUUACGGAGUUCAAGAAGAUGUACGGAGAUACCCUCGUAUGUGGCUAUGCUAGACUCUAUGGAAACUUGGUGGGAGUGAUUGGGAAUAAUGGGGUGCUGUUUUCAGAAUGUGCACUCAAAGGAGCCCAUUUUAUACAACUAUGUGCCCAGAGAAAAAUUCCACUGAUCUUCCUGCAAAACAUCACUGGUUUCAUGGUUGGCCGUGAUGCUGAAGCGCAUGGAAUUGCUAAGAAUGGCGCUAAGAUGGUCACUGCCGUAGCCUGUGCCAAUGUCCCGAAAAUUACUCUCCUAAUUGGAGGAUCGUAUGGUGCUGGGAAUUAUGGGAUGUGCGGUAGAGCAUAUUCCCCGCGCUUCCUGUACAUGUGGCCCAAUGCCAGGAUCUCCGUGAUGGGUGGUUCCCAGGCAGCUGGAGUCUUGGCUCAGAUCACCGAGGAACAGCACAGACGUAGCGGAAAACCUUGGACAGAGGAGCAAAGUGAAAACCUCAAGCGUCCCAUUGUGCAGAGAUUUGAGCACGAGGGAUCACCCUACUUCAGCACAGCUCGUCUCUGGGACGAUGGAAUUGUUGAUCCAGCAGACACGAGACGCGUCUUGGGACUCAGUCUCAGUGCUGCUCUCAACAAUCCCGGAGAUGCCACGCGCUUCGGUGUGUUCCGGAUGUAAGAGAGAAAAAUCGAGAAUAAGGAGGAAAUCCACAAGGAUGUUUUCCUGUGAUGCCAAAGUGUCAAC